CUAAGGACUGGGGAUAUCAACAUUGCAGAGCCAGGUUUUAGAGAACAUUCCAAACGUUUCCAUCCUCAGUCCAUUUCAGUAGGCGUAGCGAGGAACACUCGAUUAGAUAGGCAAACGGUAGCUCUGCGAGUUUCAAAGUUGUUCAAUGUGGUGGGAGAUGGAUAGUGAAAAUCAAAAUAUUAGCCAACAUGACAUCACCCAAUCCGAUAUCUACAAAGAUUUGAGCACUCCGAAGCGUUUCGAAAGCCCGUAUCUCUUCAAAGGCUACGGUAGCCAAAAGGACAACCACAAUCCGAUUUAUCGCACGUCAAAUUCCGAUUACGGCUUUUAUCCGCCAUGUCCCCAUACUGUUCCUCACAAGUAUUUUCCAAAAUCGCAUAAAUUCACCGGUCACCUACACCAGUGUGGAAUGUUCCGCAACUUCUCGUUGAAUACAGCCAUGGACAGACCUUAUUGCGAUUUGAAUUAAAUGCGAAAUUUUGCAAUUCAACUCAUUAUCAAAGGAAAAAUAAAUGAGUGACUGUGUGAA